AUGUGGGACCGGCUGACAGAUGUAACAGAGACGGUGAAGCCAAGCAAGACAGACAGAGGAAAAGCAACCGUCAAGUGGAAUGGAAUGAAACCAGUCAAACCACAGCCGAUCUUGUUUAUAGAGCAAUUACUCUCCUCUUGUAAAUCCAGGAGGAAUAAUCCCUUGUUCUCCUGGAACUCGCCUCGCCUCGCCUCGUCUUCCCAUUCCAAUCCCCUUGCAACCCCACUGCUACUAGUACUAGUACUAGUACCCGCCGCCCCCACCGUAAUCUCUCUCUCCAUCUCUCUCUGGCGCGCGCGAUUCUGGGAAGAGGAGGAGAUGGGCGAGUACUGCGGCGCUGCCCCGGAGGAGGACCCGGCCAUGGCGCUCGUCACGCCGCUCCCCCCGACCAAGCACCCCUACGGCUGCUUCGACCGCUGCUCCACCAAGCAGGUCUUCGACAACCUCCACGGCAACAUCUCCCUCGACCCGUUGGCUCGUGAGUUUGUGGAUACUGAGGAAUUCCAGAGGUUGCGGGAUCUAAAACAGCUUGGCCUUACAUAUCUAGUCUACCCAGGAGCCGUCCACACACGUUUUGAGCAUUCAUUAGGAGUUUAUUGGCUAGCUGGGGAGGCUAUGAACAAUCUUCAAAUGUACCAGGGAGAAGAGCUUGGCGUUGAUUGUGUUGAUGUGCAAACUGUAAAACUUGCAGGCCUCUUGCAUGACAUUGGACAUGGCCCCUUCAGUCAUUUGUUUGAACAUGAGUUUCUUCCUCGUGUUGUUCCUGGAUCAACCUGGUCCCAUGAACAUAUGUCUGCACUGUUGCUGGACAGCAUUGUUGACAAACACAACAUAGAUAUUGAAGCUGAUCAUCUCAAAAUUGUUAAGGAAAUGAUCGUUGCCAGUUCUAUGUUUGGCACAACAAAAAGCGCAAAUGAGAAGCAUUUUCUUUAUGACAUUGUUGCAAAUGGUCGGAAUGGUAUCGAUGUUGACAAGUUUGACUACAUUGGCCGUGAUUGCAGAGCAUGUGGUCUGGGUUGUAAUUUCCAGUACUGGAGGCUUUUGCAAGGCAUGCGAGUGAUGGGGGAUGAAAUAUGCUACCCUGCCAAAGAUUAUUUGAGCAUCCACAAGUUGUUUACCACACGUGCUGAUCUUCACCGCACUGUCUAUACACAUGCAAAAGUCAAGGCUGUUGAACUGAUGCUUGUGGAUGCGCUUGUUGAGGCUAAUGAAUACUUGGGAAUAGCUUUGCAUGCACAAGAUCCAACAGACUUUUGGAAGUUAGAUGACACAAUCAUUAAAAGCAUUGAAACUGCUCCCAACAAUGAACUGGACAAAGCAAAAGGGAUCAUUCAACGUAUUCGCCGAAGAGAGCUCUAUAAGUUCUGCAAUCAAUAUUCUGUUCCAAAGGACAAGCUGGAGCACUUCAAGAAUAUAACUGCACAAGACAUAGUUUGUUCACAGAAAUCUUCCAAGGUGCUGCUGAAGGAAGAAGAUGUUGCUGUUAGCAAUGUUAAGAUUGAUUUGACCCGUGGAAAAGAUAAUCCACUUGAAAGCAUCAAGUUCUUCAAGGAUUUUGGAUGCGAUGAGAAGUUCCCCAUCACAGAUGAGCGGGUCAGCCACUUGCUACCUGCCUACAAUCAGGACAGGAUUGUCAGGGUGUAUGCGAAGAAGCCCGAGUUGGUUGAAGCGGUGUCAGAAGCCUUUGAGAACCUACAACUGAGGAUGUAUGGUGAAAAGACACAAGUUCAUGACACGCCCAGGAAGCGCAUUAGAUUUCACUAGUCGUCAGCUAUGUUGCCAAAUACUAUCACCACCACUGUUAGAUAGCUAGUAUACUACGACAAAGGAGAGAAUAUAGUUUGACAUACGAGAGGAAGGAGCAUCCAGCACUAAUUACUGUUUUGUUUUUGCUGGUUUUCUGCACGAGAAAUGUGCAGAUUAGUUGUACAGGUGAUAGGCCAAAAGUGGUCUUUGUAGUGCUGCUGUCGCGCUCACAGGAUGGCUAGCUAGCAGUAGCAGAUGACAUACAUGAUACGUAUGCCAGUACCUUGUGAUUUUUUGGCUCCAACCAUCUACUCCAUAUAUAUAUGUUAUUAUCCGUAUGAUCCUAGUUACCUGUAGUGAAUGGAUAUAUAAUUAUAUAUAUUGUAUUGUGGUAA